AUGGCAGGCAACUACGUGACUGAGGCCUCUGUGAGAGCCACUGGUAUCUCUCUGGUGGCUUUGACGUCUUUGAUCGCUGGCCUGCGGGUCGUGCUCGCCAUUCAACAGCAGAAAGGCUUCCAUUGGGACGAUGGCUGGCUUCUUGCGGCCUACAUCAGUUUCCUCGUCCUGAGUAGUCUCUACCUCAUUGCUGCACCCAUCAUUUUCAGGAUCGAACAAGUCGGCCAAGGGAAGUUGGAACCGUACCCGGAUAUCGCCCGUGAUGGGCUUUUUAUCCAGAAGAUCUUUUUCGUCACCACCAGCGCCCUCUGGAUGUCAUGA